CCUCAGACACAGUACCAAAGCGAGUUAGAUAGACCGGCCCAUCCACCUGGGGUGAGGCACACAAAUCUUUCGCUCCAUACUGAUACCGCCCCACGCCCCCCCAAAAAAAAUUCCCAACAACCUGCGGUAUAAACUACGGUCGCCUCUUCGUCCUCGUCUCGUACGUGUAAUCGCCGAAAACCCCACCGCCAGUCACCACUAUUCAUCGGCCAUGGCCGGGCGGUGGCUCCAGGUGACUCUCGCCCUCGUCGUCGUCACGGCGGCGGCAACGACGCUGUCCUCAGCCCAGCAGACGGCAGCAUCGUUCCCGGCCAUGCCCAGCUGCCCGCCGGCGCCGCUCAGCCUGUCCCCGUGCAUCGGCUACGUCUUCGGCGUCGGCUCGGCGACGCUCGCCUCCUGCUGCUCCCAGCUCCGUGGCUUCCUCCAGGCCCAGGCGCCGUGCAUCUGCGCCGCAUCCAAGCUCGCGCCCAGCCCCAUCGGCGUGUUCCUCGGCCAGGCGCAGGGCAUGAUCCCCAACGUCUGCGACCUGCCCAGCCCAUGCGAUGCCGGCGCCGCCGGCGAGGGCUCCAAGCCGCCGGCGGGAGACACUUCGCCUGUGUCUACGACGACGACUCCGGCAGCUGAACCGUCGACGGGCGCGCCUGCCGCUGCUGUUCCAGACGCGUCAGGAGCACCGCCGGCACCAACAUCAGAUGAUUCUGCCACUGCAAUGGCACCGGCAGGCACCGCAUCGAAGCUACCGGAACUACUGCAUGCAGCAGGCGCGACAAGCUCCAGAGACGUGGCUGCAGGCACUGUAUUCGUCGCUGUGUUUCUUGCUGCACUUGCAACCAUGUAUGUGUAACUGUUGUCUGCUAAGCUACCAUUAGAUCACCAAAUGCGCUGUUGUAACGUUAUUUAUGAGUUCAAACUGCACCCUACUGUUGAGCAGCUACAAUAAAAACGUUUCCAUUGUACAG